AGAGGAGGACGAGGUGGAGGAGGAGGAAGGAGGGAUGGAGGAUGACGCGGGAAUUGCGUCGACCGUGGUGGUAAAGACGCGCAGCGCCUAUACGUGGCUGGAUAAGCUUAGGUUUCUGAAGGGGCUGCUGCCGCAGGAUCCGAACCUCGACUUCUCGUUGGAGUCUGGGAGCCGGGAUUCGCAUGGAGUGUACAAACGCCCAGACGUGGAUGUGGCGAGCUUGGAGGAGACGUGGAAAUUUCUCUUUAAUGCUAAGGAGCAGCUGAGCAGGAAGUCCAGGAAGCUGUGUUUCUGGCCGAAGAGCAGCGAUCACAUCGUGAAGGAGUGUGAUCAGUUCACGGGACAGUCGGACGACGGGAAGCCGAGUCGUCCGAGCAGCGACGGUUUGCGGGGGUGGGAUGAAUGCGGGAGGUUUGCACCGGGGGGUGCGGAGGACGGCGGUGUAAGGAGCGUGAAAGGUGGUGCGGAAGAGGACAGGUUGCGGGCAUCGGGCGUGUCGGACGAGGGGCUGACGAGCACGUUGUCUCCAGAACAUGUAACAUUACAGAAGUUCGGGGAUGAGCAGUCUCGAUUGAACGAGAAUGGCAGAGUCGGUGGGGUGGCUUGGUUGGGUGCGGAGCCGUCGGCGUGCAAAGAUGGUGGCAAGUCCGCGGCGAAAAGGACUGAACGAAGCGGCUGUGACCUCGCAUUGAACAUUGCAGCGAAGACCCAGAAGCUACACAAGUUUGAGGAGACGAGGGUGGUCACGCAAGAGCACAGGCAGCAGAGGUCGGGCUUGAAACGGAGGCAAGGGUCGGAGGAAAAUGGGACGAGUUCCGGGAAGAACGAGCAGCACGUGACGCCAGCGGCGGAAGCAGGCGGCAACGAGAGCAAGAAUCAGGCGGUGCAGGUGAUGGAGCUAGCGUCGGAUCAUCCGAGCAAGAAACCGACCGACAGCCUGGUGUACAUCACGUACCAAGUGUUCCUUCAAGCCGGCAGAGGGGGCCUGACGGCACGAGAGGCCGCGUCGCGAAUAGAGGAGGCCGGGCUGGGUGCCGUGUUCCAGGGGCUGGUGAAGCCUCGGAUCAAGAUCGGGAAGAUCAUUCGCAACAAUCCAUAUUACUUCCAGGCGGGGGAAGGCAGGUACAUAUUGUGUGAAGCUAUCGUGGGGGUGACCCAGGCCACAGCAUCGCCGUCGCCCCAGUGUGCUGCCGAAACCAUUGUACAGGAUAAAGCAUCGACGGUGAAGACGGACAGCAAGAAAGAAGCCGCGGCCAUGGCUCGGAGAGAGGGGACGGCGAGGUACUGGGCUCAGAUGAACGCCAGCGGGCGCACAAGGGCACCGAAGAGCCGACACGUGAAGGGAGGUGCGAGCAGGCAGAAGGUGCCAGCAGUGUAUUGGAAAAGCGACGAGAGUUCGGUGACGUUGAAAGGAGGCGAUGAGAGCGUGAAGUGGGAAGAGAAGUGCGGGAAAGAGGAAUCCGAGGCGGGCUUGCAGGCAAACGCGAAACCCCGAUUGAAAGGCAUGUACAAAAGCGCCGCCGUGGGCGGAAAACCGUGCAAAAGGUCGGACGGCAAGAACUGGCAAUGCCCGCUGAUGGCACCGUCGAACUCGAACUACUGCGAGCACCACCAGAAGCGGAUGACGAAGGACACAGGGGAAGCGUAGCGGAGUGGGAGAGGCGUCCGGGGGGGGGGGGGGAUGAUUCAUUGGAACAGUGGUUGCGACACCGUUCCCUGUAAUAGAGAAAGAAGACUAACAGAUGAAGCUGUCUGCGCAAGAUCACGGAGGUCAUAUAUUUUGGCGGAUCUCCUACGACACUGGAGUGUGCGCAGAAAGCGGCACGAGGUCGGGAGAGGACGGAAGGGACUGUAUACUUUGAAGGCCUGACACGGGAUCGUGCGAGUGUAGCAUUCUUGAUUCCUCGUGAUAUUAGCGAGGGAUUCGAAGUGAAGUGAGAUUUAGGACAUUACACACAUUAACCCUGGAUGCCGGGGGGGAUUUUCAAAGCGGAUAGAAGUGCGAGGUCGAAGAUCAGCUCGAGAGAAUGAGGGUUGCUCUUUGGUUUAUUAGGAUCCUGUUGAAGGUUUACGAUUUGCAUUUUUGAUGAGCAACCGCACCCGGAGUUGUGAACGACGGACUACCAAAUUGAACGGUGGGUGUGAGGGGAGAGGGUGGGCUGGGUCUGUGAUUGGUGAUGGUAUUGUGGGAAGAUUUACGGUCUGUAAAGCAUUUGAAAGAGCCGAAUGUGGACGUUUUUUCGGGAUUUGUGUUGCGUGAUGUUGGAGUGAUGGUUGGAGGGUGGCAGACGUGGGGCACGAUGAAUGUGGUGUGAUUGUUGGGAACGGCAGGGGGCAACAAAGGGUAAGGAUAACACAUCGGGCAACAUUGCAUCCGGUACGCUAGGAAAAGGAGCAUGGCACAGGAAGUGGGUCGGGGAGGAUGGAAGAGAAUGGAUGGGAGGGAGCGUGGAGUGUUGAUUGUUGGAAGGGGGGACUGGUUGUGAGUGUGAUGGAAUGGAGUGGGGUGGGCGUUGGCAUGGAGCUUUUGAUGGGAAGCAUUGAGGUGGGAGUGGGAAUGAAUGAAAGGUGCAGGUAUUGGAAGUGAAGGACGGCUAUCUUUGUUUUAAUUUGGAAUUUUUACGUGUUGGCUGAUCUCUAGAGAGUUGUCAGUAGUUUGGCACAGCGUGUUAAUAUAUCAGGCGAAGGCAGUGCUUUUCAGUACAAGUUAAUCAAAGCAUUUGUGGACGUUUCGUCGUAUUUGGAAUGUUGAUCAUCUUUA